AUGUUUUGCCAGCGAUUCGGUGAAAUUGCAGUCGACCUGCACCUCAGCCAGUCUCGCCUCAAUUUCAGCCGAACUCUUGGCCCGACUGGAUCUGCGAGUGGCCCAACUCAAUCCGGAGUCCGGUUCGUUGAGUCUGGCAUGUCCGGCCUCGAGUUCGCUGCGUCGUCGCCUCUCCUCGUGUCUCUCUCGCCUCACAGGAGCCCCGACGGGGAACAGCGCGACCCCGCCAACGGAACCCUGCGACGAUCUCACGUCAGGACUGUACGACUCGGACCACCUUGA